ACCCACAGGCCAAAAUAAGGCAUAAAGAAACACGAGUCCGAUCCCCUUCGACUUCGCCUGUCUUUCUUGCCCUUCUCCCUGAUUUCCUCGGCGAGCAUCAGAUCCCGCCUCCUCUCUCUCCGUUACCCGCUCACUCUCUCCGGCUGCGAGAAGUUCCGUGAAGAAGCGGGCAAGAAUGGAGGAGAACGGCAGCGGCGUGGAGGAGAUGAACGGCAACGGAUCGGUCUCGUCGCCCGCCGUUGACAGAAGUCUUCCUAGGGCAAAUACGAUGCCUGGAGGAACAAACUGUCCUGAAAGAUUAGAAACAACCCCAGUCAAGCCAAAUCUGGAAAGGUCAAAGACUGAGAGACGAAAGCAAAGUAUUCCCCAUGAUGAUCCAACAGCUCAAUUGUUUGAUGAUAAGAUUUCUGAUAAACAGAAGAUGAAGAUGCUAAAUCGAAUUGCUACAGUGAAAGAUGAUGGAACUGUUGUGGUUGAUGUUCCGAGCAAUCUUGAAGCUACAUCAUUAGAAGUAGAAUCCGAGGAUGCAUAUGGUGAAACAGUUGAUGAAGAGCCACUAGAUUCGACAGAUCUCCAAUAUCGACCUCCUAUGCAAAUUGUCAUUCUUAUUGUUGGGACACGAGGUGAUGUGCAGCCCUUUGUUGCGAUUGGAAAACGCUUGCAGGAUUAUGGUCAUCGUGUUAGACUAGCAACUCAUGCAAAUUUCAAGGAGUUUGUAUUGACUGCUGGACUGGAAUUCUUUCCUUUAGGUGGAGACCCAAAGGUCCUUGCUGAGUAUAUGGUGAAGAAUAAAGGGUUCUUACCUUCUGCACCUUCCGAGAUACCUAUUCAACGUAAACAGAUUAAAGAAAUCAUUUUUUCAUUACUUCCUGCCUGCAAGGAUCCUGAUGUCGACACUGGUAUUCCUUUCAAAGCGGAUGCCAUAAUUGCAAAUCCACCGGCAUAUGGACAUACCCAUGUAGCUGAGGCGCUGAAAAUACCAAUUCACAUUAUUUUCACAAUGCCAUGGACACCAACUAGUGAAUUUCCGCAUCCUCUUUCCCGUGUCAAGCAAUCUGCUGGAUAUAGACUUUCGUAUCAGAUUGUCGAUUCUAUGAUUUGGCUUGGAAUACGGGAUAUGAUAAAUGAUUUUAGAAAAAGAAAGUUGAAACUGCGACCGGUGACUUAUUUAAGUGGUGCACAGGAUUCUGCCUCUGACAUACCUCAUGCAUAUAUAUGGAGCCCACAUCUUGUUCCAAAACCAAAAGAUUGGGGAUCCAAAAUUGAUGUGGUUGGAUUUUGUUUCCUUGACCUUGCAUCAAAUUAUGAACCUCCAGAAUCACUUGUGAAAUGGCUGGAAGCUGGUGAAAAGCCUAUUUAUAUUGGUUUUGGUAGCCUUCCUGUUCAAGAGCCUGAAAAAAUGACGGAGAUUAUUGUGGAGGCACUGAGUAUCACUAAACAGAGAGGCAUCAUUAACAAGGGCUGGGGUGGCCUUGGGAAUUUGGCAGAACCCAAGGAUUUUGUUUACUCAUUGGAUAAUGUUCCACAUGACUGGCUAUUCUUGCAGUGCAAGGCAGUGGUGCAUCAUGGCGGGGCUGGAACAACUGCUGCUGGGCUUAAGGCUGCUUGUCCGACAACCAUCAUACCUUUCUUCGGUGAUCAACCCUUUUGGGGAGAGCGAGUGCAUGCUAGGGGACUAGGACCUUCACCUAUUCCUGUCGAUCAAUUUUCAUUGCAGAAGUUGGUCGAUGCAAUAAACUUUAUGAUGAAACCCGAGGUCAAAGAAAAUGCCUUGAUAUUGGCCAAGUCCAUGGAAACCGAGGAUGGUGUUUCUGGAGCAGUGAAAGCAUUUUUGAAACAUCUUCCUCCAAAAUUAUCAUCUCAGGAUACUUUUGAAUCCUCAGCCUUCAUGGAUCCUUUGCUCGCCCCAGUGAAAAAAUGCUUUGGUUGUUCCUAAACCUCAUCCUAUUUCUUUUUUUACACCUGAUCUGCACAUUCAUCGGUCAUCAAUUUUACAGCCUUGGAGGUCAUGUGAUCUAUGUAUAAUUUAUAUGUAGAAGUUUGUAUCGUAUUUCUUGUAUUCUUUGUUAAAACAACACAUCUUCUCCUUCGAUGUAAUCCGAUGUAUGUUCAGUACGAGGAGAGUCUCAACAAAUUUGGCUCAUCUUUUGAGAUAUAGGACCAAAGUUCAUCGAAGUCAA